GAUUGAGAAAAUUUACAAAACUAGGAAAGGAAGGGUUCGACACUUGUGAAUUGAGCUGCGACAAUGAAGAGAUUCUUCCAACCAAUACAGAAGGAAGGGUCCUUCAAGAAACCCACUCUUUCUCCUCCCGAUACUACUGACAACACACAAGCUUCUUCCAAUGAUGAUAAGAACAACCAAGACCCAUUGAAGUUCUUAACUUGGAACGCCAAUAGCUUCCUUCUUCGCGUCAAAAACAACUGGCCUGAGUUAACCAAAUUCGUCCAGACCUUCGAUCCUGACGUUAUUGCGAUUCAGGAAGUAAGGAUGCCUGCAGCUGGUUCCAAGGGUGCACCUAAAAAUCCAGGAGAGUUGAAAGAUGACACAAAUGCUUCACGCGAGGAAAAGCAGAUUUUGAUGCGUGCCAUUUCAAGUCCACCAUUUAGAAAUUAUAAUGUAUGGUGGUCUCUUUCAGAUUCAAAGUAUGCAGGGACUGCAUUGUUUAUAAAAAAGUGUUUCCAACCGAAAAAGGUCUCUUUCUCUUUGGAUCGAACAGCAUCAAAGCAUGAACCAGAAGGCCGGGUUAUUUUGGCCGAAUUUGAAUCAUUCUAUUUAUUGAAUACAUAUGCACCAAACAAUGGUUGGAAAGAGGAGGAGAACUCAUUUCAAAGGAGAAGAAAAUGGGAUAAAAGGAUUAUGGAAUUUGUUUUGCGAAAUUCAGACAAGCCUCUUAUUUGGUGCGGUGAUCUUAAUGUUAGCCAUGAAGAGAUUGAUGUGAGUCAUCCAGACUUCUUCAGUGCAGCAAAGCUCAAUGGUUACAUUCCACCAAAUAAGGAGGACUGUGGCCAACCUGGAUAUACCUUGUCCGAGAGGAAGCGUUUUGGUGCCAUAUUAAAAGAGGGAAAGCUAGUUGAUGCAUAUAGAUUCCUACACAAGGAGAAAGAUAUGGAACGUGACUUCUCAUGGUCAGGAAACCCUGUGGGAAAGUAUCGAGGAAAAAGGAUGAGAAUAGACUAUUUUGUAGUCUCAGAGAAACUCAAAGAUCGGAUAGUUGCUUGUGAGAUGCAUGGGCAGGGGAUUGAGUUGCAAGGUUUCUACGGGAGUGACCACUGCCCAGUAUCCCUUGAGCUUUCACGAGCAAGCCCUGAUUCCAGCCAAAGCUAAGUUUUCGUAUAACAUCCGUAGAUUGUAUGCCCUUUUGGCUGUGAUGUACUUGUCAUUAUCUCACCAGACGUUACUUUACAGAUGGAUUAAGCGAAUCAUGUCGGUUAGUUUUCUGUAUAUGCAGUCCAUUUUAUUAAUCUAGCCUAGCUAGAUGGAGACUUGUGCAUGUAUUGAUGGAGAUUUACUGGGAGUAGAGGAUUUGAUUCAGUAGGGAAGGACUACUUUGAACUAUGUUCCGUGCCCCGUUUGGCAAUUUUUUUUGAAAUUGUUUCCCAAUGCCAUCCCCUUCUCUUCCUCACUCAAAAUCUUCAGAUAAAGUAUAUAGCCCUUAGACUAGGUAAUCUCUCUGCGUGCCAAACAUAUUCUAAAGCGCUUCCAGGCUUCAAAACAAUACUAUUUUUUUUUUUUUAAAUGAAAAAAAAGUUCACUUUUUA